AUGUUUCCUCUGCCGCUGUUCACACCUGAGCAGGUGGCUCGAGUCUGCGAGAAUCUGGAGGAGACUGGAGAUAUGGAGCGCUUGGGUCGCUUCCUCUGGUCGCUGCCCGCCGCGGUGCCCGGUUCCGCCGGAGAGCUGCUCAACCGUCACUGUCAUCUUUUGGACUUGGUUUUGUGUUUUCAGGAGCGAACCCGUAGCCUCCUGAGGGAAUGGUACCUGCAGGAUCCCUAUCCAAACCCCUCCAGAAAGCGUCAUCUGGCUCAGGCCACAGGACUCACACCCACUCAGGUGGGCAACUGGUUCAAAAACAGAAGACAGCGGGACAGAGCGGCGUCUGCUAAAAACAGGCUGCAGCAAGAUUCCUCCCUCCUUCCCUCCGGAAGCUCUCCAGAAUGCUCCUCGGAGCACAACACGCACCUCCAGGGCUCCUCACCGCAUCGUCCCGGGAGCCCAGGGGAGAACAGCGACUGCAGCUCGGGCACGGGGCCGCGGGGGACCGGGGCCUCCACGCCGGACAUAUCCGUCAGCAGCGACAGCGACUUUGAGUCGUGAAGAACGCCUGCACUGGAAACACAUGAGGCUUUGAAGCGUCUGGAGGGCAGAGGACUGCUGCUUAGACAUGCACUUAAAGGAAAGACUGAGGAAUCAGCUCGAUUUGCUGUUAGGAAAUCUGACUAAAAAGGACAAAGUUACUCCCUUUUUUCGUGUUUGGUCCGUCCCUGACCAAAGAGGAGCUACAAUUUUAAGACUGGACCUCUUAAUAGGCACGUGCCAAAUCAAUCUCUUCAGGUUCAUUGGCUUUUUCAAUCAUUGUAAUACUCAGGUGGCACAAAAUAUGAGACAUAUCGCUCAGAAGGACAUAUAUUAUGCAUAUUUUGUAUUCAAAGUCUAGUGUAGAUGGUCCAGCCAGGCCUUUCAUAGCACUACAAACAUGAAAUGGUUUGAUCUUGAAGGUAGAAGUAACUUGCUGCUGUAUGUUUUCAUAAGAAUAUCGUGUAGGUUGUGUCAGUUGCUUGUGCAUUUUGUUGUUAAAUGAGGAUUUAGGUCCAUUGAACUGUUUUACACAGGAAUAUAAUCAUGAUGAACAUAGAUUAACUCACAUGUUAUGGAAUAUUAAUGCUGCUGACCUCGCUGUGAAUUUAGGAUACAUCAACAUACUUUCCAUUUCAUUUCAGUGAACAGCGUCACUCAGCUUUUUAUGUGCCUACGACAUCAAACUGUACGAUCGUCUGUCAUUUAUCAUUUUCAGACACAUACUCACCGAAGUCAAAUGAAGAACGCG